UUCAAGGCUAAUUUAUCUAAUAAACUUGCUAGUUAGUGAUUGAUCACUUCAGAGAGGGCGGGCUCCGAAUGCGAUGUUCUUCUAUCGACAGUCUCAUAACCUAAAGAUUCUACCAAAACAUAUCUCAUUAUACUGUCCUCCUACUCCCACUUAUAAAAUCGGGAGAGCAAAGUUGAUAUCCAAUAUCGCAAACAUCGGUGGACGUCAUAGCCUUGUACUGCGAGAUCAAACCAGGGGCUUUAAAGCUCAUUACAUGUUCAAACAACAGGAAAGGAGCUUUAGCACUUCUGGAGUCAUGGCGGCACCACCCGCAGCUUCUCUUACUGAUGCGGUGGUUGCGGCGAUGAAAACACUCUUCCCGGAAGAGCUAGCAGACAGUGCAUGGGACAACACGGGGUUACUGCUUGGACAAGCGCCAUUGCCGCCGUCACAGAAAACCGAAAAGGAGGUUGGUAGCACAGUCCUGCUAACGAAUGACUUGACGUCGGCUGUUGUCGAUGAGGCUCUACAAGAGCGCGCUAAGAUGAUCGUUUGUUACCACCCGGUCAUCUUCAGACCCCUGAAAUCCCUUACCACCAAGGACCCCAUGCAGACCCUCCUCUUACGCCUAGCCGCCGAAAGGAUCUCGGUCUAUUGUCCCCACACGGCCAUGGAUGCAGCCAGUGGAGGGUUGAACGACUGGUUGUGUGACAUCCUUCUAGACGGCGAACACCAGGUAAAGCGUACAGUGGUCCAACCUAUUUCCCGACCUCUACCGGAAGGGCACGAAUAUACCGGGUACGGAAGAACGGUCGAACUAGGCCGACCCGUGACCUUGCAAACUCUCCUAAAACGGCUCUCUGCCGGCAUAGGCGACCAGCGUUACAUGAUGAUAGCCCUACCGCCAACCUUGAAGGGCCUUACCAACACGCAGGAAAUCUCCAAGGUGGCCGUCUGCGCGGGCUCGGGUGCAGAUGUACUCAAAAAUACCGAUGCCCAAGUACUAGUAACAGGCGAGAUGGCUCACCAUUACGCGCUUAGACAUACGCAACUCGGCCAGAUUGUGGUGACCGUAUUCCACAGCAACUCGGAGCGCAAGUACCUGGAGACGCGACUUAAACCCAUGCUCGAAGUCGAAUUGGAGACCACGGCGUUUGGCGAUACGCGUGUCAUCGUCAGUAAGGCGGACCGUGACCCGUACGAGGUGAUUGACGUUAGAGAUUUAGCUUGAGCUUCGGAACUGGGACGUGCCGACUUCGUCGAAGUUGAAAUAGACGCGGCAAUCAUGUACCAUUUGUCGAAAUUUGCCCAAUUUGAUGAAAUAAGCCGUGGGAUGGCGAUGGAGGCCAUC